AUGGAGUUCAUUUGCUUCUUGUUCCUAUCGAGCACGUUGGACGAAUUGAUUUGUAAGGAAAUCACCUGCCCAAGCCUCACAUUCAGCAAUACAUCACAUGGAGAGGAAGCAAAGCGAAAGGUUCACUCGAGACGAAAUGAUACACUGGAGACCAGACUGGGUAUGUCUCAGCGGGUAUGUCCUAACGUUGAGAAGAAGCUGCUGAAGGUUUUGGAGGGCAAGGUCGACGCCCUUGAUCUUCUUUUCGCUGGCGAGCUGGCGACAGAAUACUACAAAGAGACCGAAGAUUCUUACGAAUGUCUGAAGAUGGUUGAGCCGUAUCUCGAUGCUCUUGCUCAUAAGCAUCCUUCACUGACGUCUCCACCGGAUUCCUUUGAGAAAGUCAAGGAAAAGUUCAGGAACCAUGUUGAUCGUAUGGUGUUCGCAACAUUGAACAUGGAGCAAGAUCCCUUUCAACAAGGAUUUCAGACGGGCGAAGACAAUCUGAUAACACGCGACUCGCAACAGUGGGACUGUGGGUUAGUGGGUCCAUUAUGA